CUCCCAAUAUCCUCUCUCGCCUGUGAGCUUCCUCUCACUAGUGACUCUCACCAGAGGAUAUCGGACUUCAUGUGGGUUGACCUUGGGGCGCUUUGGUCUACGCUCGGGACUCGGAGGUCGCUCUUUCUUUGUACUACAAAGAGUCAGUAUACACACACGAGAGACUGA